GCCUCGUAGGUGGAGCUGCGAGAGCUGUCUGAGUCGCCUCGCAACGCAGCAACAUUUUGGAAAGACGCUACAGGUCUCACAUCAGUGCAAGCAACGAAUCAAAACAAGCCGAGCCCAGCAGAGGCAUCAAGCAGCCAGCAUGAGGUGCUGCACCACCCUCUGGCUGGCACAAGCCACAAUAGCCCUCGCGCCCAACACGCCAACCCCAAAACGAACACCAAGACAAGCCGCAACAUUGGACCCGCCCCUCACAAGAAUAGCGCCGCCGUCCGCCGCGCUGAGACGGCUGCCGGGCGGCGGCACGAGUCCGACCGUCUGGAGCGAGUUCGCCGAUUUGGCCAGGGAAGUCGACCACAAGUUCGAGGGCGGCGUCGCGAACCUGGGCCAGGGCUUCCCGAACUGGGCGCCGCCGCAAUUUGUGAAGGAUGGACUGAGAAGGGCGGCGUCGGAGGAAUCAGCGGGGGGCCACCAGUACGCGCGGAGCGCGGGGCACCCGCCGCUGACGACUGUGCUAGCUAGGCGGUACGGGGUCCACUUUUCGCGGGACGUCGAUCCGUUUGACGAAGUGGCCGUCACUGUCGGAGCCACGCAAGCUUUACUGGUGGCACUCAUCGCGACGCUGGACAAGGGUUCGGAAGUUAUCUUGCCGGAGCCUUUUUUUGAUUUGUACGUGGGGCAGGUGGCGUUAGCUGGUGGUGUUACGAAGCCGGCGCCGAUGACCGUCGAUGGAGAUGGGGAGUGGCGUCUUUCCGAAGAUACACUAAGGAAAGCCAUCACGCCGAAAAGCCGUGUACUCAUAGUGAACAGCCCGCACAACCCGACGGGCAAGGUGUUUAGUAGGGAGGAGCUCGAGACUAUAGCUAGGGUAGUACGAGAGGAGAACCGCAAUAGGUUACCAGGCGACGAGUUGUUGGUGAUAGCGGACGAGGUCUACAAGUACGUCUGCCACGGCGACGAGCAACACAUCCACUUCGCCUCUUUGCAAGAUAUGAAUGAUAUAACUCUGACGGUCUCGAGCGCGGGCAAGACGUUUUCGGCAACAGGCUGGCAGAUCGGCUGGAUCGUCGGACCGAGACAUCUCAUACAACCCUGUCAGGCGUUACUCCCCUACCUCCAGUUCUGCGCGCCGACGCCGAUGCAGCAGGCGCUCGCCGACUGCCUCGACGAGGCCGAUCGCGAGUACGAGGGCGAGCCGUCGUACUACGCCUGGCUGGCCAAGAGCUACGCGCGCAAACGUAGGGUGCUGGCCGACGCAUUAAGGGCAGCGUGCGUCGAGCCGCUGCCGUCGCAGGGGGGGUAUUUCGUGGUUGGCGACGUGAGCAACCUGCUCGAGCUCAUGCCGGAUGAGUAUAGGGACGGGAGCGUCGCGGCGGACUGGGCUUUUUGUAGAUGGCUGGCGGCGGAGCACGGCGUCGUGGCCAUUCCUUCUUCUCCUUUCUUCACGGACGAACCUUCGAGGCCGCUCGUUCGUUUUGCGUUCUGCAAGUCGGACGAGAUCCUUGGGGUCGCGGCGGCGCGGCUGAAGGCGCUCUCCGAUAGUUGCCGCGUCGCCGAAUAGUAUAUUGUAGUAAGUGUCACAAC